GGGAACUUUUGCAAGAACUCCGAAUCUCGCUCGGGCAAUUGUUAAGGUACUCCGUUGUACUCUGGCUUUUGGACCUUAUUCUAAGGCCGUGGGCCGGGCCGUACAUCUGUCAAACUGUAUUCUUCCCAUAAUUCCUAGUUUUUCUUGCUUUGCUUAUCCGAACGGCUAUGAAUCGUACUCGCGAGAGGUAUAACGCGAAGGCUCGUCAAGCUACUGCUGGUUCACACAAGAAGAAAGGGAAACGAUCUCGGUCGGCUGGAGAGGCAUCUGUUGCCCAGCAAAAUGCUGAUCCUAACGCGGAGGUCAUUGUGCCGAAAUCUGAGGAGCAGAAGGAGUUGGAUAGAAGGGAGAAGUUAAAGCAGGAGCUCAUUGCUCAACAGGAGUCCAAAGUCAACAGUAAAAAGAAAAAACGAUUGGAGAAGUACAUUGAGAAGAAGUUGAAGCAAGAAGAACGGGUGGUUCUCUUUGAGAAGCUAACAAAGAGUCAAGCACAACUCCCUAGUGCACUUGAUUUACAAUCUUCUGCGACCCUAGGUACAGGUGCUGCCAGAACACACAAAGAGAUCCUUGAUAAGCGGGAAGACAAGGAUAUCCGUCGUGCCGUCAAUGGCCAAACCUCGAAGCGACAGCAUAAACGCAAGGGCGCAACUUAUACUUCUGGUGUAACGGACGAAAGUGAAGAUGAUAGAGAUGUCGACGAAGGUAUGGAUGUCGACCAAGAUGACCGAGACUCGGAUGAAGAACUCGGAAAGUCACGCUCAAAACCGUUUGUCGUUGUGGACUCAGGAUUCUCUACCGCUCCGGCUACUUCUGCGGUAGCAGUGGCGAAGAUACCUGAAGUUGGUUCAGCCUUGAAGCGGGAUUCAAAUGGGAAAGUGGUGGCACCGAACAUCAAGAAGAAGAAAUCUCGGGGGACUAAGACGACGUUCUCUUCAUGGAAGACUGGUGCCACGCAGAAGCAAGUUGCUGAUGAAUCGGAUACCUCGUUCGAUAGUUCGGAUUCGGCAUACGACACAGAUGAUAAUGAGGAGGAGCAAUCUGAUGCUGAACUAGAGUCUAACUCUGAUGGCCAGUCGGAAGGCGGUGAGGUGGAAGAGCAAGGUGCUGAGGAGCAACCUGCGGAAGACAGCCCUCAACCUACAAAACGCAAGCGUUUAGGUUUCAAGGAGUGGGCUAUGAAGCAGCUGAGCACCGCUAAGGCAUAUGUGGCCCCCAUACCGGACCCUUCUGCACCUGCGCCUGUAGAGCUCACAGACUCUGCGCCACCGCCUCCCAAGAAACGCAGAAUCGAGUCUGAUUCCAAACCUGGACAAAUUCGUGGUCCGCUUGGAGAAGAUUUGGCUCUGCCUAACACUUCCUUUGCUAGGCAACUUCAAGAGUCAUCGAGCAACGUUGAAGGGCUUUCCGCGAAGCGAAAGGUCGUUACCGUCGCGAGACCCGCAGAGGUGGAGGAAGCAAGGCUAUUGCUACCUAUUGUUGCCGAGGAGCAGCCAAUUAUGGAAGCUAUUCUGCUACAUAGCGUCGUAAUCAUCUGUGGUGAGACUGGUAGCGGGAAGACUACACAGGUACCACAGUUUCUUUAUGAAGCUGGCUUCGGUUCUCCAGGAAGUGACAACCCUGGUAUGAUCGGCGUAACCCAACCUCGUCGAGUUGCUGCCAUGUCCAUGGCGUCUCGUGUAGCUCAAGAAUUGUCCCUUACAUCAUCAAAAGUGUCGUAUCAAAUUCGAUAUGAUGCUACUGUGUCGUCCGAUACAUCUAUCAAGUUCAUGACCGACGGUGUUCUUCUCCGAGAACUCGCGACAGACUUCUUGCUCACUAAAUAUUCCGUGAUCAUCAUCGAUGAAGCUCACGAGAGGAGUAUGAACACGGAUAUCCUAAUUGGUGUUCUUAGCCGAGUCAUUAAGCUGAGGGAACAAAUGUGGUUAGAGAAGAGGGAUGGCGCAAAGCCUCUUCGACUCAUAAUUAUGUCUGCAACACUACGUGUAGCCGACUUUGCCGAGAACACCACCCUGUUCCCCACUCCACCCCCGAUCAUCAACGUUCCUGCGCGCCAACAUCCGGUUACCAUCCAUUUCAGCCGACGCACACCAUCCGACUACGUCUCUGAAGCGAUACGCAAAGCGAGCAAGAUACACGCUAGGCUUCCUCCAGGUGGCAUUCUCAUCUUCCUGACAGGCCAGAAUGAAAUUUCAGGCGUUUGCAGGAAGUUAGAAGCCAAGUAUAGUUCAAAAGCUUUAGAGGAGAAGAAACGGAAACGGACUGCUCGUCGUCUAGACGCCAAUAGAGAUGCUUCAGCUGAUGAUACACCCCGCCGACCUACGGUAGCUCCGGCUCAAGCUGAUGUAGAGGCUGAGGAUGUAGAACUUGGACUGUCAGAACCUGCGGAUUUGGCGCUUGAUGUUGACGGUGAACAAGCUGAUGCUGACCUGGACGAGGACGCGCUGGAUAGCGACGAUGAAGCGAACGAGAAUCAAGACCUAGGCAUCGACACGGAAGAGACUGAUAGUCCUAUGCACAUUGUACCCCUAUACGCUCUCUUGCCGAGUGAUAAGCAAAUGCGGGUCUUCCAACCUCCACCUCCCGGGUCCCGCCUCGUCGUGGUGGCAACUAACGUUGCUGAGACAUCUCUCACGAUACCCGGGAUCCGCUAUGUAGUAGAUUGUGGACGAGCCAAAGAGAGACGCUACGACAUUACAAAUGGCAUACAAGCUUUUCAAGUCACCUGGAUCUCGAAGGCGUCUGCAGCACAAAGAGCGGGUCGUGCUGGUCGAACAGGACCUGGUCAUUGCUACCGCCUGUAUUCGUCUGCUCUAUACGAGAAUUACUUUGAGCAGUUCUCUCAGCCAGAAAUUGUUCGUAUGCCAAUUGAAGGUGUUGUCCUGCAGAUGAAGAGCAUGCAUGUCGACGCCGUCAUUAACUUUCCUUUCCCGACUCCUCCGGAUCGUCUCAACCUAAAGAAGGCGGAAACCAUUCUAACACAUCUCGGUGCUGUCACCCCUUCGCCUUCUGUUAUUGGCAAUGGGCAAAUCACCGAUAUCGGAAGGGCUAUGGCUCUCUUUCCUCUUUCGCCUCGUUAUUCUAGGAUGUUGGUCAGCGGCCGACAGCAUGGUUGUUUACCAUACGUUAUCGCCAUCGUAUCUGCUCUGUCCGUUGGUGAUCCAUUCCUACGUGAAGAAGCUUUGGAGGGAAACGACAGCGACUCUGAAGAAGAGGACGAAUCUCUCGCUCACCUGACUAACGAAGCUGUUAAGGCUAAGGAGGCUCGAAGGCUUCGGCGGAAAGCCUUCUUCCAAUCACAGGCGACGCAUGCGUCUUUGGGAAACUUCUCCAGCGACGUGUUUCGUAUUCUUUCCGUCGUGGGUGCAUAUGAAUACGCAGGGGGAGGUCACAAGUUCUGCGCCGAACAUUUUGUCCGUCCCAAGGCUAUGGAAGAGAUUCACAAGUUGCGCGCUCAAAUCAGCAAUAUCGUUCAAGUGAAUUUCCCCGAUGCAAGUGUAGGCUUUGUGCUGAACCUUCAGCCACCAAGCGGUCUUCAGCUCAAGGUGUUGAGGCAGUUGCUCGCGGCUGGUUUCAUUGAUCAAGUAGCCGUACGAAAGGACAAGAUAUCCCCAUCCUCGGGCCAACAGUUUACAACAUCGAAAGGAGUACCAUACCGAGCCAUGGGCAUCUCCGAAGAUGUCUAUAUCCAUCCAUCAUCUGUCCUUGCCAACAUGCCGCCACCGGACUUUGUCGUUUAUCUUGAGGUCGUCCGAACAUCUCGUAUCUUUAUCAAAGGUGUUACGACCGUCAAUCCAGCGUGGUUAUGGAGUCUGGGCAAAACCCUAUGCACACUUUCAAAACCCGUUCAGAACAAAGACGGUGAAUCAAUGGUGAUUCCCCGUUUUGGUCCUGAAGGAUGGGAGCUACCUCCGAUAAAAGCAUCUAGUGUUCAGUAGACUACAGCUCGAGACGAAUGGAGCUGGAAUCAUACUACCAAAGAAAGUAUGAGAAGAAUUUUUUGGAGCUGACUAUUUUCCGGAGACCGGUGCAAGCUUGCGUAAGGAGAUAUCAUAUACGACUGCGAGCAGUUAAAAUAUGCAAACGCAGAGCAACAAUCAUCGCACCUUCUUCGAUCUUCUUGAUGUCGUAUUUCAAGCUAUCAUAUCGUCGACGUAGUGCGUCGUUUUUCAGGUUCAACUGAAACUUCAUGAACACGUUAAUCAGCACGCUACAGGGGCAGGCUUUACCAUUGUGAACCCAGCGAAGAGGUCCUUUACAAAGGCGGAGAUCCUAAGAGGCUCCUCGUAAUUGCCGAGGGUGACAGAGUUCACGGCCAAACGAGACUGCGUGCAAGCAUGAGUAUUCGAUUCAUCGACGCUUACACAUCGAGAGACAUACCAGCUCGUUCACGAGAGAUAUAAGCCCGUGUAGAUAAUCUUCUGCUGCGAGAGUAAACUUGUCUUGCCAUUCGGGCUGAACUAUGUACAAAUCACCAUUGAUCUUGAUCUCACAGGGGGUCCACAGCACUU